AUGAUCAAAACAGAAUUGAUUGAUUCAAUGAAAUAUCUUCCAAAAAAUGUAAUCGAAGAUAUUUUAAAUGUCAUUCCGUAUAAUAAUCGCUAUACAAAGUCAUAUUUAUCUCUUGCCAAACUCAUAUCUGAUGAAUAUCAUGUCAAAGAGGUAAAUAAUGUCAUACGUAUUUCAAACAUCCUAUUUUAUAAUGAAUAUCGAAUUAGAUUAGACAAAUCUUGUGAUUUCAAAAAAAAUAAAUCUCGAAUUUCGAAAAAAUUAAAACUGGACAUUCAUACAGAGAAUACAAUUUACAGAGCAAUUAUGAAUAAUGACAAAGAAAGAUUCAUCUCAUUCACAGAAAGAGAUGGAUUUGAUAAAGAUCAAACACUCAAAAGUGAUUUAUAUCCGUAUUCUUACGAAGGAUACUCAUUACUUGAAUUAUGUUGUUAUCAUGGAGCAGUUGAUUGUUUCAAGUUAUUAAGAACGAAAUUUAACUCAGAAAUAACUCAAGUAUGUCUUCAAUUUUCAUUUUUAGAAGGAAAUCCAGAGAUCAUGAGUGAAUGUUUGAAAUAUCAGAAACCAAAUGAAAAAUGCAUGCCAUAUGCAAUUAUUUCUCACAACAUUGAUUUUGUUACCUUCUUGAUGAAUGAAUACAAUAUUAAAAUCAACUUAAAUGAUUGCGAAAAAUAUAAGAAUCUUGAAUCAUUUUUAGUUUAUUUCGAUCAAUCUAAUGAUUUUAAACAAUGCUUUGUUUAUUCAGUGAUGUUUAAUAUUCCAUCCCUUUUAGAAUAUUUCCUUUCACAUGGUGCAAAUAUCAAUGGAAAAUAUAAAGAUGGAGCAACCGCUCUUCAUUUUGCAGCAUUGAACAAUAGUAAAGAAGCGGCCAAACUUCUUAUAUCAUAUGGUGCAAAUAUUAAUGAAAAAGAUACAUAUGGAGAAACAGCUCUUCAUAUCGCAGCAUGGAACAAUAAUAAAGAAACAGCUGAACUUCUUAUUUCACAUGGUGCAAAUAUUAAUGAAAAAAAAAAUAAAUUUAGUCAAACAGCUCUUCAUUUUGCAGCAUAUAGCAAUAAUAAAGAAAUGGCAAAACUUCUUAUUUCACACGGUGCACAAAAAUGA